AUGGCACCAAUCUGGUAUCUGAUUGCGUCACUGACCGGCGUCGACGGCGACACGCCGCUGAGCCCGGCCUUGAACCAGCCGAUUCGCAUCAAGCUCAUCAAGCAACCGCCGCUCAAGGCGUACUUGACCGAGCCGCUCCCGUGGAUGCCUCGUACGGAGCCUUCAAUUGGCGUCUCGCCAGGCGCCAACGAGACCUUUGCUGCCUUCGAGGCGCGUGCCCUUGCAUUUUACACGUCGCAGUACACGUCGUCGGCACCCUCGAGCGGCGUCCGCUACGUUUACGACGCGACGAACGACGUCGAUGUUCUCUGCGGUCGACUCCAACACAUGACCGAGGCGUCGUUCAGCUACGCGCCCCUUCCUGGCGCCUUCUUCUAUUCCAAACGAACACGCCUCUGGGUCCGCGACGCGAGCCUCGGCACCCGAAAUGCCUCGAGCACUGCGCUCGUCCAGCCCGGUACGCUGUUUGGACGCCCGUCGUCCAUUGCCGUUCUCUGGAUCGACGCGCAUGACAGCAUUUGCUUUGCAGUCCAGCUCGACCAUGGCUCGUCGACGUGGCUCUACUGCAAAUUGGGCUUUCGCAUGGCCACGACACUUUUGAUUCUGAGUCUUCUCUGGUCGACGUACUAUGUGCACUACCGAUCACUGGCAAUCGGGCUGCGGCAGUUUGGCACGUGCGGCGAAAGCGAGCGUUUGGAAAUUAUUGUCGGCGAUCCGACGUGUCUUAUUCUCCAAAACACGUGGAUCUGCGUCCUUUUUGUGGUGGACUUUUGGUGCAGUCUGGAGACGGCUGGCCAGUGCAUUUUCCGAAUCGACCAGACCGCCGACAAGUGGGCAUUCGCUCUCUCAACCUUGUAUCUCUCGCGGACUGUCUGGUUUGGAUACCUCGUGCUCAAUCUGAGUGGCUACGUCUUGCGACGAUGUGGGCUCGAGUCGCGAGUCGCCCAAGCCGACCCGACUGGCGUCGCGAUCGGCGUCGCGCUAGUCGUGGGACCGCUGACGUACUACCAGCUUCGGCUCUCGGCUUUCAUCGACCUCUACCAUGUACUUUACACGGCUUUCUUGCCCCCAAACAAGGCGAUGGACUAUGUGGAGCACAUCCCGCCCGCCAUUUUGUACACGAUUGUCCUCGGCGCGCUUCCAUUGGUCUAUAGCUUUGCAUGGCCUGCGCUCAUACGCCUGCUCAUCCCGGCGGCGUCUCUCGCGUGCGGCGCGUUUGCUCGUUCGAGCUACAACGACUGGAAGCACCGACUGCUGCUCGGGCUCAUCUUUGGCUGCGGCUGCUGUCGACGAAGGCACCGGGUACCGAAAACGUUCCGAGGUGGAUCGAUCUACAAGCUCUUUACGACCCACCGGCAUCUGCAGCGCAACGCUGCGUUCAGCUUUCGCGGCAGUGAUUGCUACGUGCUGUCGCACACGCCCACAACCACGAUCUCGUACCGCCUCAGUUUGAGCGACGCGCUCUUGCUCGACCAUCGAACCGACAUCGUCUUUGGUUCCACGCCGACAGCCACAACGUUCGGGCGACUUAUCAUGAAUCCGAAAGGGACGAUCGAUGUCCAAUUGGGGGCCGAGCAGUCGCGCUGGAUCAUGUAG